CGGCUCGAGCGGGCGCACCCAUCCUGCGGGGGGCGUCGCCCGCGCCGGCCGAUCGAUCUGGGCCCCCCGCCUUUUACUGCGGGGGGGCCCUGCGGACGCGGCGCCCAAAGUUCAGGGCCCCCGGCGCGGCGGGCUGCCGCCCGUUCUCGGAGGGGGGGUGCCAUGUGCGUGCGCACGUGGACGCAGCCCGACGUGUGGCAGAGCCCGGACGCCAAGGCUCCGGGCGCCGCCGCGGCGGGCAAGCCGCAGCCGCGGCAGCCCGUGCACUGGGCGAAGUUCAAGCCCUUCGACGAGCUCUCACCGCCGCCGCCGCGGCCAGAGGCUGCGGCCUGUCAGCAGCUCUCGAGGGAGAUGCUCAAGUUCGGGCGCGGCGUCCUCCUGCGGCCGGCCGGCUCCGAGGCGGUGCAGGCGCCGCACGCGGCGGCCGCGGCCCCCGAGGCGUCGGGGCGGGUAGCCGCCGCUGCCCCUGCGGCGCCCCAGCAGGCCGGCGCCGCUGGGGCGUCCUCGGUGCCGCCGCGGAAGGAGCCGCCCGAGCACCGCGCCAGCGCGGUGCUGUGCGCGCCGCCCGGCGUCUGGGCGCCCGGCCCCGCCAGGACAGGCGAGGCCAAGGAGAGCCCAGCUCCAGCCGCGCGGCGCCUGGGGCGGGCGCGGCGCCCGCGCCAGCGCAGGCGGCCUGGGGGCGGUCGCAGCGCCCGAGGCGCGGUGCGCGUGCGGGGCGCCCGCGGCAAGGGCCGGAAGGCGAUGGCCGCGGCCACGGCGAGGGCGGAGGAGCCCCCGCACGACGGGCGGGAGGCAGAGAGGGCCCCGGCGGGAAGCCCCGGUGGGCCGACGUCCAGGACGACGAGGCCGCACCCGCCUGACGAGGCGCGGCCCCGCGCCCGAACGAGAGCGCCGCGGGGCGGCCGUCCGCCCCUGCGGCGCGCCGUGCACUGCCGAGCACUGCCGGUGCAUGCCACACCCAGCGAUGGGUAUAAGAACGCCUUCGUGAGGGUUAGAAUAAAACGCCAGGUUGCCUCCUAA